UCGAUCUUUCUGGCCGCCUCCGAUUUCACUUCUCCAUCUUCCCUUUUCUUUUAUGUCUUUCAGUCCUCUUCCAAAUCAACUUCCAUUUUCAUCAUCCCCAUUUCUUCAGAUGAGAGUCCUUCUCUUGCAACAUUAAAUAAUUUCUUCUGGUACACACCCAUUUGAAAAAGAAGAUUCAUUUGCGUUUCGUUUGUUCUCUGAUAUUGAACUUGAUUUGGUCUGAUUCAUCGGUGCUGAUUUUUCAUAAUUUCCUGGAAUUUUAAUCCGUUGUGGUUGGUUAUUAAUUAACUGGUGCAUGUAUUAAUAGAACAAUGGUGUCACCAAAUAGAGCUCAAGAGGACCAGUUUCCUACCAUGGCCAGACAAGGAUCCUUAUACAAUCUCACCUUUGAUCAGCUGGGAAAUGUAGGAAAGCCUUUGCAUUCUAUGAAGUUAGAUGAGUUAUUCAAAAAUGUGAUUUCUGUUGAAGAAGGUCACUUGCAGCAAAAUGCUAACGCUUCUUCUUCUUCUUCUUCCUCCUCUUCCUCCUCUUCAGCUUCAGCUUCAGCUUCCGCUCCUUUGUUUCUCGGGAAUUUCGACUUGAAUGGAAGAUUAACUGAGAAAACUGCGGAUGAAGAGGUCUGGAAAAACAUUGUCCAUCAAGAACAUGUCAAUGCCUCUGAAAACCAAUCAAGAAUUCAGCAACAGCUUGGAGAAACUACACUUGAAGAUUUCCUGGUUCGCACUGGAAUGAUCAAUAUAGGGAAUCAAAAUGCAAUGCUUAAUCCUCAGCCAAUUAUGGGUAUUGAUCCAAUGGGUGUGGUGUCACAGCAGGCAGAUUGGCUGCAGCUUCAAAUGGCAGCUGUGCAGAGACAGCAACAACAGCAGCAGAUAACAGUAUUGGAUUCGAAUUUUCAUGUAUCAGAACCAUCAGUUUUUGAGAACCCAGUUGUUGAAGUUGGAUACUCAAAGAACCAACUGGGCAUGGCCGUGUCAGCUACAUCUUCAGAGUCUCAGGCCGCUGCUGAAAAAAAACGAAGAUAUUCUGAUGAAAUGAUGGAGAAGACCAUUGAAAGGAGGCAGAAGAGGAUGAUCAAGAAUCGUGAGUCUGCUGCAAGGUCAAGAGCAAGGAAGCAGGCUUAUACCAACAAAUUGGAGCAUGAAGUGUUUCGCUUGAGGAAAACAAAUACCUGGCUCAAAAAGAUGAAGGAAGUGGAGAUGCUUCUAUCCAAUAAUCAAACCCCUUUACCCAGAUACCAACUUCGGCGAACCAGUUCAGCAACUUUCUAGCAUUUGUUAAUAUUAGAAAGUGAAAAAAAAAUCAUUGUUAAAUGAAAAUUUUGCUUUAUUCAUUUCCUGGAUAGAACUAUAAUUUUGACCAUUGUUGAGAGAG